AUGAGGAUCAAGGACCAGCUCUCAAGUGCCAACGCCUCCGACGUCUCUCACUUUGGCUUUGUCGGUCGCACCGUCGCCAGCCGAACCCAGCGCCAAUCCGUUCAGCACGAAGCUCUGAUGAACAAGUAUGGAGUGAAGCCAGAUGCUGAAACCCUUGACAUUGCCAACACAGCAGCUAUCAAGAAAUCUAUUACAGUUAGUGAUGAAGAUAUAUUGGGGAGAUCCUCGUGA